CCUGUAAUUUUCUUAUGCGGCUUAAGUUAGUAAGUUAGUUUGUUGCAAUAUUUCUGACAGCACCUGAAGGCAACAUUGUUGACGAAGCACACGUGCACGGAGAAGCUUUUCGUUGCCAAUGGUAACCAGAGUCACAAUAAUGAACUGUGGCACAUAAAUGGUCACCUUAGCUACAUAAAACACCUUUAUUUUACCGCUAGUAAUGGACCUGAAUCAUUCGUCGUGUUGUAGUUCGAUUCUAGAGAAGGUGAAACAACAUAUACCGACCAUUGACUUCGACUCGUCAUCAUCUGAGAAUGAAGAGAUUGUCACCAUAUUUCAAAGACCUGGUCUUUCCCAGAAGGUCCCUGAAGACUUUGACAUGUUUUCAAUGGAUGAUGAUGAACUAGAGGAGCUGUUGAAACCUGUAGCUCAGACAUGCUGGUCAGAAGAGACUAUGAAGUUGGAUGAUGAUGAAAUUGUGGAAGGCACUACUGCAACUCGUUGGGGUACAAAACACUCCAAAGAAGCUGAAGACACAGCUUCUUGUGAGAGAGUUAUUGUGGAGUUGAACAGAGCCAAGAUGGAUGUCUCCGUAAAACCAACAGAAUCUGAUAUGGGUCUUACUGUUCUCUCAUUUGCGAGUCUUGACCUGUGGGAUUUGGAUGAUGUCCUCCAAAAUCUGAAAGAUGAUGGGCUGCCUUUGCAAUGCGUGUCAGUUGAACCUUCAAAAACACGUGCAGAUGGUGACAAGGAAAGAUCCCAGGGAAAUAUAAUGGAGAGACUUGUUACUUUCUGUCAGAGCCAGUCGUCUCAGUAUCUGCCAGAGACUGUGGAAACUCCAAACCACAUCAGGCAGAAUAAUGUGUGCAACAAAUCAUUCGAGAGGAUGGAAGCAGAGCUGCAGUUGAGCCACCAGGAAUGUCCCACUGUUUAUAUUGACCUGCGUUGUCCUGAUCCUUCAAUAAAACCACUGAAAACAUCCCCAAAUCAAACAUCAGAGUCAAAGUCACUAGCCAAACUCAACACUCACCAGGAAACACCACCUGAGAAGAAUUCCAACCUCAAAGUGCCUGCUGACUCACAAAUGGGGGACAGGGAAGUGACUGGCAAGAGUAUGUUGCUUCAGAAAAUCAGGGAGAUGAAAAGAAAGGGGAAUAAAUAUCCCAAUAAAUAUACAGAUCCUCCCUAUUCAGUGUCAGGAAAUAAAGCAGAAGAAGUGAAAGAGAAGUUAAACCAGCUUGUAGAGUCUACUUGUAGCCAUGAGUCACACCAUCUGUGGGAAGAUAAACAAUCUUCACUUGUACAGUUUGAACACAGAAACCUUAAAAUGGAAAGUCCAUCAACAACUCAGCAAAGUACAAUCAAAGAAUCAAAGCAUCUGAGUGACCAACAACAAGUUAAGCAGACAAUGAACAACCACCAACAUGAACAACACCAGCAGAUUUUUAAACAACUACAAAUACAUCGUCCACACAAAUCUGUCAACCAGAAGCAGCCAGCAGCUGAAAGGACUGGUGUUCUUUAUGAUUUUGAAGCAUCUCAUCUAAAGUCAAUCAGUACGCUGCCAGCAAAUAUUGAAAGUAAGGGGUGUAUGCUACUGACCGUCAACCUCUCCAGUCCUGGCAUGGUUGAAGCAAGAGCUCAUGGGAGAAAAAAACAUCUGGAUCCAGCUGCAACCAAAUCAGACACCUACAACACAUUAGUGGCUUGGUUUCUGUCUUUGGUUGGCCCAGACUCAGGCCAUAAUGAAGACGAGGUCUGUGCACAGGUCCCAUUCUGGGUUGCAGGACUUCAGCAGCUGUGGACAGAGGGUGGACUUGCUUUGCAUGUUUUAGCUGUGGCUCGUCAGUCUUAUACACCAAGGAAAAGGGACGUGGACAUCCAUGCACCUUUCUAUAACCAUGUCUGCAGGUUCCUCUCUGAGACCUCACUGACUCGUAUUGCCCACUGGCUACCUCAGCUCAGAAGCUUGCUGGACCAACACGCGUAUGCCUCGCCCAUCCAUCUGCCCUACUCCUGUUUAAAUGUUUUCAUCUCCACCACCUCCAACAAAAAGAUUAUAGAUAGGACAUUUUGUCUCAGUCCAGGGUUUUACUGGCAGACUGUGGAAACUCAGGAGCGUGUUUGUAAGGGGAGAGAGACCACACGAGAGCUGCACACGGAGGUGUCAGUUACUCUGGGAUGCCAGGCUCUCCUCCUACAUCCCCUCAAAACACACUACACCCUCCAGCUUAUUCUCGACUCAGGACUCGAUGUGUGUGGUCUGCGGCUCCUUUAUCCACCACAGGGAUUCCUGAGUGACAGUGCUGGUGCUGUACCAGUUAUGCAGAGAACUGAUGAGACCUGCCAGCCUGUUCUUGCCCUUGCUGUUCGGGGCCUUCAAGCCCACGCAGUGUUGAAAGAUUUAAUUAGUUCCUUAGAUCCUCUGCUGCCCGGAAAGACAGAUCCAACUUCUCUUAACCCCCUCCACUGCAGAGGUCAAGAACCCCCCCUCUUCCACUCCCCUCGACUGGCAAGUCAAGUCCACUGGGAGCUGUGCUUGUGGUUUUCAGGAAGACUUCCAGGAGAAAAUUCACAGAAUGACAACCGAGAUACACCUUCAGACGACAAAGUCGGAGACCGCCUGCUCAAUUUGAGCAGGUUACCUUCCUUUUUGUGUGCUACAACAAAAGCUGACUUACUCCUCGUGGUGUCGCCUGCUGUGCCUCCAUGUUGCUACAGCCACGUGUUGGCUGUUUGUGAACACAGAGGCUUCAGUCUGCGGGGGCUGCGGAGGCUUCAGCUUCAGAGCAAUAAAGCUGCAGUCAUUGGACUCUCCAACCAGCAGACCCUUGUGUUCUGUAGUCCACAUUCUGUGACCCAGGAUCAGGGUCCGCUGGAGCUACCCUCUCACUGUCUGUUGUUGUUACUGAGGAGAGAGAAUGCAGAGCACCACAGUGUUAGUCUGCCAGCAGCCCUAAUGAGAGAAUUUAAGGCACAAAAGCUUCUGGGUCACAUCCACUCCAGACAUGAUGGUGUUAACACUGUAGAGCCAAGCUUCUGCUUCCACACUGUGCCUUACAGCAAGAACCUGUUCCGUAUCUUUGUUAAGUGCAUGUGGGCAGUGCCAGAUCCUUCCAGGGUGAUCCUGUCACAUAAGAAGUGUGCAUUCAACUCUGACAUGGAACAGGUGGCAAUUUUGACCUUGUGUGGGAAGCACAUGAGCCAAGGCCUGAACCUCCUACACAGAGUGCUGACAGAAGGGCCACACGAUAUUCAAGGUGAUGUCCGACAUGCAGGAUUCAAGCUGCUUGGCCUGAAGUGGCUGCCUGCAUUGACUCGACUUCAGGCUCAGGAACUGAGUCCAUAUGAAGUGGGAGAGCCGCUCUGUAAAGACAGCCUGGAGAAUCUGACGUCCUCUCCUGCCCUAGUGUGUGCUCUGAGACGAGUGGAUGUUUUUUCUUCACUGAGGAAGCUUCUACCACGCGAUUACCCCGGUAACCUCAGUGUCCUGAUGUCACCCACACCUGAAGUGGCUUUCAGACAAGCCUCGCUCUUUUUCUUUGAGCAUGAGAUGAUUCCUGACCACAGCGUACUCCCAGUUCUGAAGUUUUCUCCCCAAAACUGCGAUAUAAAAGGUCCACAGAUGCUGCUCACUGUGUGCCUGUUCAAGCCAGGAAUCUGGAAUCACUCUCUGGCUAAAAUCGGCCAAAAACUCCAGCUGAGUGGCCUCACAUUGGUGGGCCUGCAUGUAGUGAGCCUGGACAAAAGCAGUGCUACCUCACUACUACCUGCACAAAGUGACCCUUCAGACUUGGAGGCCCACAUGGAGUAUUUGUGCUCUGGCUCCUCACUAGCUCUCUGCCUCCAGGGGCAGAAUGCUGUGAGGAGGCUGCUGGAUGUGCUGAGCCAAGAUGACUCAUCCCUGUGGACCUAUUAUGCAUCAGGAUCAUAUCAGAAGGCAAUUCAGGAUGUGAAGAGGCUUUUUCCAGAGGGGCUCUGCUGUACUGAGACCAGCACAAUGAGACAGGAGCAGAUACUCAGCAUGCAUUCAGACCUUUUAGCCUCUGUGGAGCGCAAACAAAGCUGCACACUGGCCCCUGUGGACCAGGACGGUCGGUCGCCUUCAAUGGUAUCAGGAACAAAUCGAGAGAUGCACAGUGCCAACUGGCAGACAACUUGUCUGCUGAUUCCCUUAAAUGCUUCACCUCUCAGCCAAGUGCCAUCCCAGCUGGACAUGCUUGAGCAGCUGCUGAGGUCAGACUGCCAUCUUGUGGCGGGGAGGAUGAGCAUUCUGGAUCACGAGCAGAGGAAACAUAUUGCUGAUACACUAAAAAUGUCAUUGAGAGGACAUGAAAGGAUGGCUCACCUUCACACGACAGCACCCUGUCUCAUCAUGGCUCUACAAGGGAAAACGAUUGUGACAUGCUUUAACUUGAUCCUUCAAAGCAUUUACAAGAAGAGGUCAGAUCUCGAAAAAGUGGGGGAAACUAUUAUCUAUCCAGAGAAUCAGGAAGAGGCCAAGCAGCUGAUACGCUACCUAUUUGAUGCCUUGUCUCCUGGGAGCUGUCAAACUGUCACCGUGCCAUAAAGUUUAAAUGGGUGCACUAGUACAAGCGUACCAACGGUAAACCUACAUCUGUUAGCAUUGUCAUAUAACUGUUCUGGGAGAAAAAAAUGUAAUUUGUAAUAUCAAUUGUUCAGGAAAGAAAGUUGUUUUGAAAGUUGUUUUGUAUGAUAAACUUAUUUUUCCAAGUCAAUGUAGUGUCACCUUGUAUCACCUUCCCCCUCCUCUGGUGUCCACUUUAAAGGCACAAGCAGUUAUUUUAUGAAUUUGAUUCUGUAAGUUGUGUUUCAGACCAAAAGUAUUCACACAUUUCAGAUGAAAAAUUAUUUUAAUUAUCAAGAUGAUAAAAAUAAUUUUGUGAACUCUGUAAACCAUUGCAUAACUGUAGUGUAACAUUUUAACAAGUGUUAACAAACUAGUAAUACACUACAUUAAAUAUGCUGUACACAAUCCUCAAUGUAGAAAACAAAAAUCUAGUAUUCUAAGACUUAUGCACCUAUGUUUGUGUUCACAACACAAAAAAUAUCAAUAUACCAACAAAAUAGUUUCUACGAUUAUCAGUUAAGAAUUUCCUACAUAUCCAUAGAGCUUGUCACAAAAUGAGGGACAUAUAGUUUAAUCUAUAAAUAAUGUCUAAACCCACUAACAUAAAAAAAUGAAUGCAUGAAAUUCAGUUUCCUCAGAUUUAACACAUUCUCUAUUAAAUCACUGUUUUACUUUGAAAAAAAUAUAUUUCUUUCCUUAUAUUUCCUCAUUAUGCUGACAAAUAGAAACUUGAAAACUUGCAUUUGUUUAAGUUCUAAUACAUUUUAUUGAAUAGCAGUUCACAGCUAGAUGCUACAUCAAUAUGAAUUAAUUGCGCUCCAUAAUAUCCAGUGACCUAUUCAUUGAAUAUCUAAUUUAGAACAUUACAUUCAAUAUUUCAGGGCUUCAAUGUUCAAAUAACAUUUCUACUGAAAUGUUCCAAAGUAUAUGGAACAAAUGGUUCCACAUUCAGAUUAUUUACUUUUGACAACAGCGUCUGUACUAGUAUUUACUUAAAUUUAACAGCUCCAUACAUAAUACUCCUAUACAUGUACAAGAUUGCAUAAAUCUUUAGGCUCCAUUUUCAAAAUAUUUAAAACAAAAAGACAACACAACAACUAACCAUAAUGCAAAAUAGAAACUAUUUCAAUGCAGAGCAUAAUGAUACAUCUAUUACAGUUCAUUUACAAGAUUUCUUUCUAUUUGGUGCUUUUCCUAACAAACCAUUUUUGAGAAGAGUUUUUGGUGCCAAAUGAUUAAUUGAGAUCAAAAUUGUGUAUUCAAUAGGUAAGUAUUGCUGUGUUUUUUUUUUUUUUUUUUUUUAAUGGUAUGGCAAAUACAGACUGAUAUGGACAUUGAUCACUUAUAACCUUUGAUUCCUCCCGGGGAAGUGGUCAAACAUAUGUCAUUAGGUCAGCCUUUUUUACUUUUAGUUUGAGUAGCCUGAAUCCAGAGGAUCCUUUACCAAUCACAUUGUGGUCCACAAAAAUGCGUAAGGCACUGGAAUUUCGAUUCCAAACAAGAAUGUUAGAUUUUGUCAUCUGACUGAGAAAACACUGCCUUUGAGACAUAUUCUCUUAAUGAUAAUGAUACCAAUCAACAUGUAGUUAUUAAAGGCACAGAUGUACUUGAAAUUGGUCCAUUAGAGAUUAUUUUAACAUAUCUAAAGAAAUGUAACCUGUGCUUAUCAAGUAAAUGCUUCGUUACUUUUUAGAAAACUUGAAUUUGGGCGAGUAGACCACUAGAGACACUGACAACAAAUUACCAUGACCACAACAACAGCAACUCAGUUUUAAUUAUGUCUGUAUCUGCCAUCGAUGUUUGUCACAAUCAUCAUCUGUCCUGUCAUUUUCCAAAACCAAAAACUAAUUUGGACCACGGCUUCAUGAAAUAGAAAGCAAAGAGUCAUUAGAAAGAAAGCACCUUACAGUCAUGGUAGGUCUAUCAUAACAGCAUAUAAUGCAUAACCACCUAUUUCCAAAGUGAUAGAGAUUAUGUAGUUAAGUAAAAUCAACAGACAAAAGUUUAUAUGGCCACUUUAGAUGCACAAAUGUCAUUCACCUUUGACAUUCCUUUACUGGAGACAACACUUAAACUGAAUCCUCACUUAAGGUCGGCAUGUGCUAGCCAGUAUUGCACAAACCUGCCAUAAAUGUCAAUGUAUACUUAGCACAAAAUCAAAUAUACAAAUACACAUUUUUUAAGGAUCUGAACCAUGCAUUUUUGAUCAAUUCUGUAACAACUCACUAUAGCUAACUUUAGAUAGAAAAAGAUGCCAUUAAUUACCGUUAAUGAACAUUAUCUAUUUAAGGUACUAGGUGAUUACUUAAAAAAAAAUUUUUUUUUUAGAUUUCUUACUGAAAUUAAACAAAUGAUGAAAUGUAGUACAAAAAGAAAGAAAUAACAAUACUUCAGGUCUUUGGUAAAACUGCAAAAAAUGGGGUCAAGUCUAUUAAUGAUGUAUGCAAAAGCCAUCGGCAUAGUCCUGUUUACUCACUACAAGGAUGUAUGUCCAACUAAAUGAAAUAUCAAAGCAAAAUCCAUCCAAAAACAGAAAUCCGGCCAGUCACAAUGCUGUCUCAGUUCUAUCUGGACGGCCUUGGUGCUCUGACCUGCCAGACCCAGCCCUGUACUCAACUCCAGGCUGAUAUGUCUCCUAAUGAUAACACCUUACAAAUGUUGAAGGGUACAUUUCCCUUUAGAAUAAAUAUUUGGACAGCUACUGGAACACAACUUUGGUUGAUUUUUGGAUUUCCACACUAGACAUCAUUAACUUAGUUAGCCUCCCAGGCAAACCAAAAUAGACCAAAGAACCUUGUGAAGAUAGCUUCACCGAGCACUGCUAUCCAGUGUAUGAGGGGAAACAAAUCCGACAAAUAUACAUUUACCUUCCAUCAAUUCAAAAAUGGGACAAUCUACAGCAGAACAUGUCUGUGACAUCAUUCAUCCUCUACAAAAGAACUGACACUUUGACUCAAAUGGAUUUACAAAUCAAUAAUUCAAUUAAAAUAAGAUUUAGUGACGUUAAAUGCAGAAGACUUUUCAGGAGAUUGUUUCAUAGUUUUUUUGAAAUCUGAGCAUUGGAUGCACGACGACAUUCAAACAUCUAAAUGUAUUACAAUAAACUAAAUUUAUACCUUUUCCAGUAGUAGCGAAGCCUGCAGAAGUUAUUAAGCCUUUACUACACUAAAAAUAAGUCAAUACAAAUAUUCCCGGCAGUGUGUCCCAGUGCAAACUUUUUUUUUUUUUCUUUUUCUUUUAGCUGGUUAAUAUAUUGCAUAACAUGCAAUACCAGCAGUGUUUAGCCUGUUAUGCUGUAAUAUGAUGAAAUCAUGAAAACGCUUAAAUACCAAAAUCUUUUUAUAAGUUCCCUCUGAGUUUCUUAACUGUCAUUUAUGUGAAUGUAAACAAUGCAUUUUCUCCAUAUUUAGAAGUAGCACAAAGUGUACCAGGAGAUACAUGAUUUUCUUUUGAAUUUAACGCACAAAUCAUUUUUUCUUUUAUAAACACAGUAGAAGGUCAUUUCAAUUAGCGGAACCUAAGCACUUCCUAAGCAAGUCCUCUCCAACUUACAAGUUAACUACGGAAUUCUUCAUUCACUGCAGAAGUAAUACAAUACAACAAAUUAAAGAGUAAACUGUUUAAAAAGUUUUUUUUUUUUCCAUGUGUUGCUAUAUAAAUUCGUGUAAUCUAUGUUUGCAUACUCCCAAAUGUUGAAUUGAAAAACCUAAUUUCAAACACUGAAGCUGCACCAAAAGAGCACCACGACCAAGGAAUAAGUGGGUGGGUGGGUGGGUGGAGGGAAGGUUCAUCUCUAAGGUCAGGACACAGGCACUGACAAUGUUUGUUUUCAAUUAUAUUUUGCAGAAAUACAUAUUGGGAUUGGGCCAAACACACUGACAUAUAUAUUUAUAUAUACACAUAUAGUCAUACAGGUCAAUGCUGCUGCAAAAUUAAACAAAACAUGUUAUGCCGAAACCUGUGCGCAAGCUUCAACUACUUGUUUUUUGCUCUGACAAUUCUACACUUAUCCUUUUUAACUAAAGCAAGGCACUUUAAAGUUAGAGGCCGAUAUGUUCUAGACAAGGUCAAGAGGCUAGAU